AUGUCCCAGUUUAAAGUUGAAAGAGGUUUGUGAGUUGGUCGCUCGCGCGAGACGAACUGAUAUUUCAUUCAUAUCGGUAUGAUUGAAACCGCUCUCAAUGGGAACGGUUUGUUAGGGCUGAAAUUAAAGUGAAACUUCCCCUUGAAUUUUCUGUGUAAUUUUUCUCUUUUGCAGUUACCAAAGUAAAAGGACUGACUGAUUUGUCGGAUAAAGCCAAAGUCGGCGACAAGGCCGAGCUUACUGCCAAGCGAAAUCGAGGACCUACAACGAGUAAUGAACGCCCAGGAUCCUCAAACGGAAAACACACUUCAGUAAAGGUAGGGAAAAAUCUCGAAAAAUCACUGGUAUGUUUAAUUUUGAUUUCAUUUGUAAUCGCCAAACCUUGAAAUGUGCGUAUUGUGUGCGAAGUGCUUGGAACUCAUUCGUUUUGUGAGGAGAAUUUUCGCAUCGAAAUCUGCGAUCGAUCUUUCCAUUGCUAAAUAAUAUUUACAAUAUUUGUUAUCAAACCCGUGUGGUAUUUCCUACUGGCCAUUUCUAUUGCCUCUCGCAGCGAUUUUCGCUCGCCAGCUUUAAAAUGAUUGUAGAUAAAAGAUUUUUAAUCUCGGCUUUCUCUUGAUAAAAGUAAGAAGAGAAGUUCCGCGAAGCCUUACCCAACAAGUAUAUUGACAGUUCCUCUUGGCAUUUGUAUAGGAAUUCUGCUUUGCAGCUAGCGAUUUCAGAGAUAAAACGUGGCAGUGUUCUGUUUUAUGUGGGAAGAAUCUUUGGAAAGCCUUCGUUUGCACCCGUCUGCGCGAAUAUUGCUUGAACAAACAAAGUUUCAUUUUCGUUCAAAAACUGACUUGUUCGUACGCUUUAAUAGCCCUAGCGUACACAGUAGAGUCUUUUCGCUAAAACUCAAAGAUAAAUUGCUAAAUAUCGCUCUACGUCUGCAGCCGCCUUUCCUAUUAGAAAGUAGUUUUUUAUUUUAAUGACUGGGGAAAGUAAAUUCACUUUUGAGUGUUUGAUUUUUCAAUUUAACCGUGUUGACAUUUUGUCCAUGUCAAUAGAUAUUAUUGUAAAGGAAAUUUGUUCCUUUCAAACCGUGAGUGACAAACCCUUUAAAAUCAUUUGUCACCUCUUGCUUUAUCCUUAAAAAUACACCUGGAAUCGAUAUUGUGAAAUAAGCUCAAUAUAGUCUUCAUUUUAACAUUUAUAACAUUCAUACUCCUUCCAAAAUACGCAAAGACGAUCAAUGAUCUUUUACUUGUUUGGACUUAAAUUGCAAAAGAAAUUUCUGAGCGUUGCUGAGUUUUGACUCUGUGCAAAAAAUGUUAAUUUCCGCACUGAACAUUUAACCAUUUAUGGCACUAGACAAGACAAUGUACAACUUGUCACUUAAAGAGUAAAUAAAUGUAGAAAUCUUGUAAUCUUGAAAUCUUGCGCAUUAAAUACAGGGCCAAAAUAAAGUUGAAAGUUCUCUUUUUAAAAUGUUAUUAAAUUGUGCGUUAUUUAGCUCACAGCAAAUGUAUACUUGAUUGAAAGGAUAUUUUUUGUACUGAUGACUGUGUUUUACUUGUGAUGUGAGUGACAUAUCAUCCGCCUUCUUGUUUACAUCACUGCUUCGUAGCUAUAUUUAUUUUAAAAAAACUGUAAUAAAAAUUGGUAUCACUGAACAUUUUAACUGAAACCCCUAUUUUGAUUUCUGAAUGAAGACUUGGAAUAGUGUUUCCUAUUCUUGCUUAAAUUAAUUUCUAAAAACUGGUAAACACAGUGGAACAUCCAGUAAGCGACCACCCAAAAAAAUAUGUUAAGAUUUAGUAGUCACUUACAGGAGAUGGUCGCUAAUAAGAAUCGAGCCACAGGGGUCUUUGAGAAAGUGUCUGGACACAUCUGCACCUUUGAAUAGAAUGCAUUGUAUGCAAUUUCUACAUGAAAGUUACAUGUACGUUGUCAUUGCAAGUUUGUUGUAUACUCUGAGUUGCGUAGAAUAUGUAGCCGAAAGAGAGAGCACACCAUGCAUCAAGACAAAAAACAAAGCUCUACCGUGUUAACCAGAUAUGAACAAUGGCUACGAACGCGCUCUCCAGUAUCAAUUGUUUUCAUGCACAUAUCCACACGGUAAGCGUGUCAUGCCAUUAGCGUGCAAGUGUGUUAUAACGUGCCGUGUGCGUGAGUUCACCUUAUUGCCUGAAAUCCUGUGGAGGGUCACAAUAAUAAUUAAUGGAUAACUAUAAAUCUAUCAGGCCAAAAAGUGGUGGCAGCAGCUUAGGAGAAGUAGUUUUACGAGAGGUUCAAAUUAUAGGGCUUUUACUGGGAAAAUUUUGGUGUUUUGAAUAGGUCGUCGCUGUGGGAGGUGGUUGCUUAUGAGAGCUGGUCAUAUAUAGAGGUUUGAUUGUACACUAGUCACAGAGUAGGAGUCAAAGUUGUAAUUGGAGAUGCAAUUAUGAAUAGCACUCAUGCCCAGUGCAAAUACAAAAUGGGCUAGCAUAAAGUGAUCUGAGUAGCGAGAAUUUUUCUUCGGACUCUGCUUAUGAUUUUGUCCCUUAUGAAUUAGUGAAAACUAGAUUGUUGGAAUCAGCAGAAUUACACGUGUAGGAGAAUCCAGGUGUAUCAAAAACAAUGCUCAUUCCAAACAUUGUUCUUCUGUUUCUGCUUCCAAUUCUGACGAUGUAUGUUUUCACUAGACCCACGUACAGUAACUGAUAAUACCUUGCUGUGAGUCUGACUUUGAAACUUGUCACUAAUGCUCUUGAGAUCUACAUGUACAUGUAAGACCAGGUCAAAAUUUCUUUUGAUGUCCAGCAAAUUCUUUGUUACCAUUUGCCACCAUUAAUACUUUGAUAUCAUUGCUAAUUUAAGUGAGCUUUUUGACUGAGCCAUGGAGUUAAGGUUUGUUUACACUAGUUUUGAUUUGGACAAGUAUAGAUGUAGUGUGAAUUGAAAAUUAAUAUGUUGUUGUGUAUAUGGUAUACUGGUUUCUGGAAUUUUUCGGCAAUAGCAUGAUAUGAUUGUGCUCUCAUUGUUUUCUUUGAGCUCACAUAACACUUAACAAUAAUAAACUGUUUCCAGGCUACAAAAAGUCUCUGAACUGGCAACAUUAGGAAGUCUAUGAUAUCAGAGAGUUACCGUACACUCUUACUUGUGAAUGUUGACUGCUCCCUGACGAGCUCUUUCAUUUUUUUCAUGAUGGGUCUGUCAGGAAACUACGUUGAUUUUGUUAUACAAGAAUCUUCACAUUUCCUGAGGUGGGACUGUGGCCAACUUUGAGAUUGAGGGAAACAAAAUUAACUACACAAGCUAAUUUCCCAAGGAACCAGUUACAUCGUAUUAUAUAUUAUUUUGGCUAUGACUUGUGGAAUGUGAUCUGCAGAAUCUGAAUCAGCCCUGGAGAAAUGUAUAAUGUAGUUUCUAUGGACUUUAAUUACAUGUAAGCUUUCGCAGUAAUGUCAUAGGAUCUAACCAAGUUUACAAUCCAUAGUUCUGGUUAAUGUAUUGUUUUUUUUUUUUUGCCAAAGUAGCUGAGUUUCAAAGUUGUAAAUUAAUUAUAGCUGGAGAAAUUACAUGUAAUAUUGUCUUGGGAGAAAUUAGUUGAACUAUAUUGAACUCUAAUUUGGAUAAUAAGUACAAAUCUUUGCAGCUGAAAACCCUUCAAAGUAUACUGCAGAUAUAUAAAAUAAUUAUUGGUGAUUUUUAACUAACUGUAGUAAUAACUACAUGUGAAACUUUCAUUUUCCAGAAAUCAACAUCUUCAAAAUCAACAACCAGCAGUGCCACUGGGAGCAAAACCAGUGGACAGACGUCAGCUUCUCACCAUUCAAGCCCUCCUAAACCAGCAGCAAGAACCAAACAAACCAGCAAAACUAACAACACCAAGGUGCCGUGUAGUUUUAGAUAAAACUUUUUGUUGUGAAUGAGAUUGCGUACGAGAUCAACUUUGGUAUUUCAGGCCACUUUUACCAUUCAUUUACUCACUAUCUGUCUUUUCAUUGGCUCAGAGCCUUCAGUUAUUAUUUUGGGAAUCAGUGCUACCUAUAGAUUGCUUAUCUGUAGGUUACGUCUGGAAUGCAUAUUUCCCAAGGGCAAUGUCAAACUGUGUUCCGUGCAAUGGUGUGUUUGUCUUAAGUUUCUUUAAAGAAAUGUUUAAUUAAACAGUUAUAAGAUUUAGUUUUGUAAUGGCUGGAGUAAUCAAGGUCUGGCUGAUAACACCUGCAUGUACCAAGACCUGGAUUAUUCCAGAUAUCACGAAAACCCCAUCCAAUAUUAUUGCUUAAUGUCUAUUCACACUCUCCUGUUAUUGAGUAGCAGAUAAGCUUGCUCCCUAAGGCAAAAUAAUUAUUCUCCAGUAAGAUAACAGAUGAAAUUGUUCUUUGACCUAUGCGGUCAAACAAUUUAUUUGACCAUUGAUGAAUUAUGUGUUAUAAUUGGCAGCGGCGGUAAUUAAGAUGGAUGUUGAAUGAGAUACACCUUUAAUUUUAUUCUUUGAACUUACAUCAAUGCUAGGUGGUAAUGAAGAAUUACCUCAGGGGAUUUAAGACAAUCAAAAAUAAAAAAUGUUAAUGUAGAAUAUUUUGAAUGAAUAAUAAUACUUUGUGAGACUUCUCUAGGCUGGUGCACAUAUCUGAUAACUGGGAUCUCUCGUGUAAAAAAGUCUUUUUUUGAGCUAUCUUGCUAACAUUAACCGGUAAAAGAAUCGUAUUCAUUCCCAAGUUUAUAUACAGUACAUGUUGUAGGUCAAAAUUAAGUUCAGGUUAAAAUUUUUUAACCUAGCUAGGUUGAUUCUCAAUUUUUUUUGUCUCCUAGCCCCAAUAAUAUUAUUUAUACAUGUACAUGGCUCAAGCUCAUGGUCCUUUGCAUGUGUAUGUAUAAACUUGCAUCAUGGUGCAGAAAGAAAUUUCUAUGGUUGAAAUUUAUUUAAUUAAAUUAAUUACUAGUUUUCAAAAUAAUCUAGUUAUACGACUGUUUUGGUUGCCAAGGCAAGAAAAAAAAUUUUGCUCAAUAAAACUGCAGCCAAGGUCUCCACUUUGUCUUUGUGUGUUUUGCUAUCACUGUAUAGUUGAAGUGAUAUAAAUAUUUGUAGGAAAUAUUAGCAGAGCUCUCACACUCUUCAGCAGAGCAAAAUUUGUAAUAUUAAUUGAUUUGAUUUAAUUUAUGCGUCCAAGAAAUUUCGGUUGUGACAAAAUCAUCUGUCGUGCUUACGUUUGUUAGUACAUGCAUAUGUUUUUCCUUUCGUGUAAGUGGAUGGGAUAUGGCACACUAGCUUGGAGAUACAUGUACAAUCUGUUUUUAACUUAAUAUUGGACAUCUGUGUUAUGAUCAAUUGACAGCUGUAAAACAGGGUAUCCACCAACCAGUAUUACAUGACUGUAUUGUGGGCUCGGGCUACAAUUCAUUGAGGUGAUGUUGAAGUUUUCUGGUCACCAGUUAUUGGUUUUCAAUAAAUUGAUCACAGGCUCAGUUCCAUUAUUUUUCAGGAGGAAUUCUAAUCAGUUAUUUUAUUUUAUUUUCAGUACAUGGAAAAAUUUUUGAGAAAAUGUUUUAGAGAAGUCAAGAGUAGCGUAUACCUCUAAAUGGCAUAUUUGUGUAUAAACUAAAUUGAAGCAGGUUUUGUAAUUAUUUCAUCUUGAAUAACCUCAUACAGAUGAAAUGUGAAAUUUGUAAUGUCUGACCAAAUCAAAGAUUUGAAGAAACAUGUCCUAACCUCAGAGUCAGGGUUUUAAAAGCAUAUUUUGAGCUCUGGAAAUAAUAAUAAAAGAUUAUUAAUUUUAGCUCUCUGUAAGUAAUGUUGAAACCUGCCUCACUUGACGUAAAGUCCAGCAAAAAUCAAGGGUUAAAAGCAUCUUCUACAGCUGUAGGACUGGGUUAGUAGCUAUUUGUGCUUUCCAUUUCUGUGACUUAAGGAUUUAUACAGGGUACUCCAGAAAAUUUAAAGAAGGAGAAACAAUUUGAAUCGGUGGCCUGGGCUCAAAUUUAAGAGGCAACACUUUGUAGGUUGAGUUUGUUGUUGGUUCUUGCACUGUUUUUUUCCAAGAGGUUUACUGUGGGGUUUCCAUUUUGAUCCAGAAACACUAUGUCUAUAAGAGAAAUAUGUCGUGGCUGUGCUUGUACUACUAAGCUGUCAUUUAUUUAUGUAUUUUUAUUUAUUUGUCUAUAAAACAACUUGCUGGGUUUUAAAGUCCCCAAAGGUAGUAUAAGUUUCCAUACUGAGCAUACAGUUGCCCCAUGAGUCAUGAUUUAUCACAUGACUCAUGCACUUUUUUAUAUUUAGAGUCAUGCAGGUACAUGACUUGGUUUGUGGUUCGUUGAUUUUAGUUAUUAUUGGUGGCUAUUAAUAAAUAUUGACCUGCCCAGUCUAAACUCUUUGAGAAACAUUUUUGAAUGCAAACUACUUGUAUUUGAAGAAUAACCGGAAAUGAAUGCCAAAAGUACCGUAGUGUUUUAAAUACCAUCAUUUGCUUCAAGCAAAAAAAAUGAAAGUGUUGUGUAGGAGAAAGUUGGCAAGGAAAACAAGUCACUAAGUUGUCUUACUGUAAUAAAUUACCUUGAUGUCCACAAGACAGCCUUGUGCCUGGCAUGUUGCUAUUCUAUAGACGGGAUGUGAUAUUGUGAUUUCCUGUUGGCUUUUGAAUUGUUUUUGUUCUGAAAUAGCUGAGACUGACUGAUAGAGUCACAAGUUUCAUCUUUGUAUCUUAACUGUGUCUUAUUAAUUAAGCAGAAGUCAUUUCCUUUUUUUGUUCAGUUUAUUAUCUGAAGAGCUAUUUGGAUGUGUUGCAAAAGGUUCCUUGUUUUGUUUCAAAAUCACACAUAAGUGUUAAAAAACUUGCUAUUUUUUAAACAAUACAGUUUUAAACUAUGAAUUUUAAUAAGUGCAAUUCAUUUGAAUAAUUCCAAGAAAACACAAUGGCCUUUAUUUAGAAAGUGAUUAAUCUUCUCUUCAUUUGCAAAUGUAGUUUUCAAACCAAAAUCCUUCAUGAAGAAACUUUUCCUUUGAAAUAAAAACCAGGGGAUUUGGGCUAAUUAUAUUUUGUUAGCACGUGGAGUGCUUUUCAAUGCCCCCAGCAGGUAUUGUAAAUAAUUUAUUGCCGUCCCAUCUAAAUCUGCAUUUAAAAUAAAAGUGACUUGUAGGGAAAAAUGCAAAGAUAUGCAAAUGUAGCUUAAACCCCCUCAUUGAUAUCUUAAGAGGAAGUGUGUUUUUAUAACCACUUAGUGAGGAGAAAAUGAUGUUCUAAGAGAAGUUUGAAGUCAAAAUGGCUUUGUGUGGAUAUUCUGGAAUUGAAGUUGAUCAUGAAAGAGAUUGUGUGUACAGUUUGUGAAUCCAAGGAACCAGUUAUUUGUUGUGCCACAUGUGAGGCACUUUACUGCCAGAACUGCAAAGUUUCUUACCAUGAAAAGGUAAAACUAUCCAUUUGUAACUUGAAACUUAUGUUAUUUGUUGGGUUUCGAGUUAAACAUUUGGGCAAGAUAAUUUGUCAAUUUGAAGAGUAUGUUGUGUUAAUGUUUCAUUGCUUUGCAUCACCUGUAAAGAUAAUGCUUACCAUGUGAACUGAAUGCUGAGCAAACAUUUAAGAGUUCUGUAUAGAGCAACACAUUAUCUUGUAUACUUAAUAUCGUUUGUGGUAAGGUACUUUUAGUGCUCUUUAACCUGACAGAUUAUCUACUGUUCAAUCUCUAAAUCUCCUAAUCAUUAAUUUUCCAUAGAGGGCUAUGCUGGGCUGUGCUGUAUUUAUCUUCAUGUUGUUGGAUUUAUCCAUUUUAAGCAUUUUGAAUUAUCAAUACUGCAAAUUGUGAUAUUGAACGUGUGUUAAAGAUUUUAAACAAAGAUGGUUGCAUAUAUUUGUAGAUGCCAAUGAUCAGUGUAAUUAAUUGUUUAAAGGAUAAGCAGAAAGUUAUGUUUUCUGCCAUCUGUAGUCUGCUAGUCUUCCGUAUGUUGAAGUCUAGUGUUUCAGCAGCUUUCCUUUUGAGAAACACACAUCAAUCAUAAAAAUAAUUAUAGUCCCUAUAAUUUUAUUCACAUUUUCGUUCUCUGUACAUUUAAAUUUUUGCAGAAAAUAUGUCAAAAAGCUGUAUUGCAAAAUACAGUAUUUUAAUCACACAAUGUAACAUUUCAACCAAAACAAUUUUUUGUAACAUGAAUUAUGUAGAUAAGGUCAGGAUGGUUAAAUAUUCUAGCUGCUAUGUAUACAAUUUCUUGAGUUCUUAUUAUGCAUCUUCAUGAGUACAUUUAGAUUAAAAUCAAGUGAGGUUGUACCUUCAAUUUGUAUCAUUCAGUGUUGAAGAAAAACCUGAUUUGUAGCUGUUCGGACGCAGUUUAAGAGAGAUAAAUAGACUUAACACUGAAGGUUAAUGUAUGUAGUUCAUAUGCUGGGAGUCUUUUAAACUAAAAGACCACUAUCUCUAUGGCUCGAUAUUUAAGGACAGUCAACUCCCUCUACAGCAGACACUGUAGGGACCUUGAGUUGGUGUCCUCAUUAUGGUGAGAGUUAAUUUCACUCAAACAUCUAUAAUUUACUUUUGCCUGGGAUUUAGCGGCUGUCCUUGUUAUGUGAUGUCCACAAGGCCAGAGUUGACUGUACUUGUUGAUGCAGAUAGGUCAUGUGUUAUCUGAAAAUCAGACUAAUCCCUCUAUUCAGCCCUUAGGGCAGUUAUAAGCGUUAAAAUUAUUAAGAAUGGCUUGAAUCACUUUGGUUCAGUUGCUAAAUAAGUUUUGCCUUAAAGAAGACAGGUUUACAAGGACCACUGAAACCCAAGAUUACAGAGGGGCAAAAAUAGUUUAAAACGGAUUUUGAUGCUUAUCAUUAUUAAACAUAUUGGGUCUAAUAUAGCCUGUGAACCAGCCUUUUGGUUAAAAAUUUAGUGAUGCAAAUCCUUGUCUCCUUGUGCCACUUCAUGUCUCUUCACCCUGUCAUUACUAGCUAGAGACCAAUCCAAAAUUGUCUGUUAUGUUUGAUAAAUACUGUAUGUUCAGGGGGCAUAACACAGUGUUAUGUGCAAUCCAAAGUACAUCCCAACUGCUAGUACACUGAGGUACCUUAUUAUAGGAAAUUAACACUCCAUGAAAUUAAGGAUAUCGACUUAAAUUAAGGUAAAUUUAGUGGAAAAUGACUUUCAAAUACAGGAAAUUAAUGCAAAAAGAGGGUAACAUUUCAAAGAGAAGGAAAUUAGCGGGAUGCUUACGAAUCGAAGAAACAUUAACUUGUUGAGACAACAGAAAUAAUGUUAAAUGUAUAAUCUGAAAGGGAAACGUUUUGUUCGUGGUGUUUUCCCUGAAUGUACAAAGGAGGUCAAACAAAGAAAUCAGAAGUUUAGUGGUGGUCAGUUAUAAUGCAGGGCUCGAAAUUAACGCUCGCAAACUCGCAAAAUGCGAGUGAUUUUGAUAAUCUGCGAGUAAGAAAAAUAUCCACUAGCAAACGAUUGCGAGUUAGAAUUAUCCAUGUGUCCCAAACAAAGGGAAAUAAAUUGCUUGUGGUCUCACCAGUUUGCUAGUCGAAAAAAAUCUUACUAGCAAAACUUUGCAAGUGCACUAAAAAGAUAACUUCGAGCCCUGUAAUGGUUACGCGAUAUGAUGUCAUAAGUAGCAGGUGGUCAAGCCAUUUUUGAGUGAAAAUGCAUCUUUUUUUCAACUUUUUUCAAUAAUAAAAGUAAAACUUUUGAAUGAAAUGAUUCAAAGUAAUUAUUUAUGUGUUAUUUAACAUGUUAAGCGCAAAAAAUUGUUAAUUCUCACUGUUUUUACCUGAUUUCUAAUUCUUGAUAAAAUCCAAGAUGGUGGCCAAGAUGGCAACCAUGUUUGGUGAUGUCACAGCUCCACCACCCAUAAAAUAUACCUCGUGUUGUAGAGAAGAUAAAAUAUCAAAGAUCAAAAUUGCAACAAAACAAAAACCCAAGGGGGGCUCCAUCAACCCCCUCCCUCCCCUUUGUACAGUGGUGUGUAAAUCCAAGGGUUAAAAUACCAUAUACUGCACCUAUGUCUAAAACUAGGUAUCUUUGGUGCCUGAUGUUCCUCAAGGAUAUGCUCUUCUUACCUCACUGCAUUCCUCAGUAACUUGUGACCUCUAAAAUAAUCAUUAAAAUAUAAGCCUGGAAUACAUUUUAGCUUAAUUCAACAAACCUCUCAGGAAAAAUAGGUUUUCCUCAUUGAGGUCAGUAGGUUACACCUACUGGUUGUAAGUGGUAGAUUUUGAUCCUUUUUUUCAUUUGCUCAUGGUGAUUUUUGAACAUGCAUGUACACACAUGUUGGGUAUCUGAUUUAUCAGAGGUUGCAUGUCAUUGAAAAGCAUAGUAAUAUUGGUAACAUAUGUUUCAUUUUGUAUCUUGUAGACUUGCCCUGCCUCCCAGCAGAGUAAACAAACCUCCAGUUCUGGCACAGGUAACCCAAUGAAUCUUUUUCUUCUUAUUUAUUAUUGUUGUCUUAAGUUCAUACCUACAGUGUACAUGUGCAUAACUAACCUACAAAUUUUCAUUGGUUCUUUUUCAAAAACUAUAAUGCCCUGUGAAUGGUUGGAUAAAUUUGUUAUUUUAGGACUAAUGGCCAAGGACAGGUGUUGUUGUAAGGUGUAAAUCAAUUCCCUGCUGCAGUAGUUUUAUCACAGGCAGACCACCUUCCAUUUGUGUGGCUGUUGUUGUUAUUGAAGAAGAAACACAGGCAACAUUAGAGCGGCUAGGUUUGGCUGCCUGUAGUUUUACCACUAUGGAUGGAAUAAAUUAUUAUUUAAAUGUCUGAUAUAAAUUUGCACCCUUUAUAACUGGAGAGUUGAAAACAAAACUAUUGAAUGCAAGGAUUUGGUCCUAAAACUGUUAUUUGUUUUGCUUGAUUCUACUUCAAGUGUAUGCAAAAAUCUAGGUUUUCGGGUGACAUCUUUUAUAGAUAUUUUGUUAAAGAAGAACAAAGAUGAGAAAGAAGUGGGAAAUUCAAGUCACUCUAAUAUUUGUUUUGAUGAUUCGAUAAGCAAAUCACAGCUUAAAAUCUGCACAAUACUCUUCUGCUAACAGCAGUAUGCUAUUGCUGUCGAUAGCCAAAUCAUGACAUUGUUUUUUUCUCACCGUUUUUUAACGAUUUUUUUGAUUUCAAAAAUAUUGCAAAAUUAUUGUUACUGUGAAACUCGGAAAACCGUGAACACGUGAAAAAUUUCAAGAAUGGUGAUUGUGUCGUGACCAAUCAAUAAUGUUCAGGACACGCGAGCAAACCUCAAAUCCACAAACUAAUUACCGUUGCUGUUUGCGGUUUAGUUUCCUGAUGCCUUAUUGGCUAUUUCCUGACAACACUAUAACAUUCCAUAGAAAUAUUUUUGGUGUUCACGGUUUUGUGAGUUUCACAGUAAUACUCACAAAAAUUAAAAUCACAAGAUUUAAUACCUAUUAGGGUAAUGCUCAAAAGAUACUUCAUCAUCGUUAAUUUUGCAGUCAUCAACCUUAAUGUUUUUUUUGGUUUCUUUUAUAAUUAGCAAAUAUCAUUCUUUUCAACAUUAUUGAAGAAAUUAUGAAAUUGCAAAAGUUGACCCACCUCAACUAAUUUCUGCUCCCAAAGUAUCUCGCAAUAUAAUAUAUAUUUUUAAUUUUUAAAUCUAGAUGUCUCAGCGGCAAAGAAAAAGUCACCAACUCAGGGAGUAACCCCUGUGCCUCGCUCAAGGGUAGCAGCUGCCGCAAAACCAUCGUCACAAAAGACAGUGAAGGAACCAGACACUAAGAAGAAAAAUGAGAUAAAAAAGGAGAGCAGUUAUGAUGCUAGUGACAGUGACUCAGAACGUGGGAGUGUAGAUCGAUUGAAUGCUGAUGGUGACUUUGGCUACGAGACAGGUUCGCUCGAUGACAGUGAUGUGUCAACUGGUGAGCUUCUCAGCCCGUCUGCCAAAGAUGAGCAGAAAACUAUAUUGACGCCAGGGAAAAGCAAGAGUGUUGGUUAUUCGUACACUGAAGUUGAAUUUAGACCUCUGUUGGUAACUGAUGAGGGUGGCAUAGCCACACGGCAUCCUGGACAGUAUGACACAGGGAGUGACAAUAGGCUUUCUAUGGAUGGUGACACUAGCAAUGAUCGCAGGUCUUAUACUUAUGCUGGAGAUGAGUUUCGCCCUUUGAUUGUGACUGAGGGUGGGGGUAUUGCCGCUCCUGUGGAGGCAAGAAAAUCUUCUAAGGAUUAUAAGGCAGAAAGACAAGGUAAUGUGGGUAGACCAAUGACUUUGGCGUACGAGGAAGUAACAAUUGUUGAUGGUGGCUUUGACAGAUCAAAUAUCAAAGUAGUGCCUGCUAGCCAAAAGAAUACACCAGCUGAAAACAGCACAACACAGCCACAAUCUGAUGUUUAUGCUGUUGUACAGAAAAAGUCAAAGGUAGCCGAUUCUAAAGAACCAGAACAUAGCAAACCUCCAAGACAAAACAGUCCCAUGCAGCGGCCAUUGGUAGAGUUAGGUGACGUUGUACCUGCAAUUCCGGGUGGCAGAAAAGACUCCAGCAUGUAUGAAGCCAUUGCAGGAGAGCUACAGAAUAUGAUACAAGCAUGUGAAGAUGUGGAGUUGGAGGAGGGGUCUUCCAGGACUACUUCUAAUGACACAAAGGUGUUUGAAGUAGAAAAGAAGGUACCUUCAAUACUAAAACCUUAUACUGGACAUGAUAAUGAAGAGUUGGAAACAAAAUCUUCCAGGACUGAUUCUAAUGAGAGAAAGACUGCGGCUGGAGAGAAAAGAUUACCACCUCCUAUACCCAAGCCAUUUUCUGGACAUGGCGAACUUCGGGAUGUGACUAAGGGUGAUGAUGUUGGGGAGUUGGAAGGAAAAUCUUCCAAGACAAAUUCUAACGAAAGAAAAACUUCUACGGGAGAGAAGAGGUUACCGCCUCCAAUACCAAGGCCUUACUCUGGACCUGGCUUGAGUACGCAUGCGUCACCACAAAUGGCAAAAGGGGAAAAUAGUGAAGAUGAUGAGAAAGGUUUGUGCAUAUUUGGUUAUCUGUGCAGUGAUUUUGUUACAAAUAGUUAAGGUGAGUCCUGGGACUCAUCCUGUAAAAAAUCAUGAGUCCCAGUGCAGAACCAAUGAGUCCCAGUUCUAAAAAACGAGUGCUAAAUUGAAAUUGCUUGGGCCUUCACAUUAAUUGUUUGAAACUCUUUAGUAGGCAGUUUACUGAAAUUAAAAUAUAGUCCUUCUAUUUCAAGUACAUAAAGACUAAAAUAAAUAUGCAUUGUUAAACAACAGCCACAAUAAGAGCCACAGAAAUCACAUGAACAGGAUAUUCUACAAAAACAUCUUCAGUUCGAUGGAUCGAUCCAUCUUUGUGUUCUAUAGGAUGCAUACCAUGAAUUAUUUUGUGUCUUUGGGGAUUUUAAUGCAUCAGGGAUGCAGGAUACAGAGGUAACAAAAUCACUGCUGUGAAACCUAAGAAACUUUUCUUUUGAAGAAAAAUUCAUCACGCUAGAAAAAAGAAAACAACAACAAAAUUUAAUACAUAGUUCUUUAGACAUAAUCAUCAAAUUACUCUUCUGAUGUUGACAGUUUGGAUACAGUUGUAGUGGCGAGCUAACUUUCUCAAAACUGAUAAUAUUGCCAAAAGGUGCUAAACUUAACACACUGUGAAGAGCAACUCUGAAAAGGAAACUACACAUAGAACCAUUUAGUUGCUUACAGUUGAGUAAAAAAAUCGUCUGAUUAUAGCAACAUUUGUAACCCCAGCAUCUUCAGUUGAAGGGGUGUCUGGAAUGAAGGCCAUACUUCACUUCUGAUUUACUGUUAGAUUCUCCUUUUAAUUGGCCUUGUAUUUAUACUUGUAAAAAGAGAAUUUGAUAUUACAGAUUGGAAGUCACUUGGACUUUCUGUUGAUAUACCCCUUGAAUCGCAGAUACCUUAAAUUAUAUGCACUUAACAUCGUUGGACAGUUAACUGUUAGUUUUUUUUGAGGUGGGCUGUUUUUCACAGUUAAGUGUAUGUUACAGGUCAAAUUUGAUUUCAGGUUUUGUUUUUACUUAGGUUGAUUCAGAUUCAGAUUUUGUAUUUUUUUGCACUAUUACAAAAAGUUGCGACAAAAAUUACGAUAUGUUUCAGAGUGACUAAAGGAGCUAAUGCCUUUUGAGUUGGUCACUGCCACAUGCAACUACACUGUAACUGACGUAGACGUCAUGCCACCAUCUCAAUUUCCUUUGUCUUCUUGGGCUAGGAGAUGUUGAACAUUGAGAAUCAACCUAGGUUUAAUCAAAAUUAACCUGAGAUCAAAUUUCACCUGUAUCAUGUAAACCGUAGCUUGUAAAACAUAAAGUUACACAUAAAGUUUAAACUUAAUUAAAAUAUAAUGACUGGUAUCAUGUUAAUUUUUCAUCCAGUGAAUACAGAGGAUGUAUCACAACCAGUUUAUGCUGUUGUGCAAAAGAAACCAAAGGACCAUCCAAAGGAGGAGAGAUCUUCUGGAGAUAUGAUCAGUCAAACAACAGGUAGUGCAAAAAUUUAUCUCCUGAUUCAGUAUUUCCCAUUUCUUGCUGAAAGUCCUCUUUUUCAUCUUAUUAAAUUAAGUAGACAGUCACCUCUGUCUUAACAGACACCUCUAUAAGAUGGACACCUCUGUAAGUUGCUCCCCACCUUUCCUUACUCCCUUUAUUUAACUCUCUUUAAGACAGACAUUGCUUUUUCUCUAAGACAGGCACAUGGACACAGGGGCCCAAAAGUGUCUUUCUUAGAGAGCGUUGACUGUAUGUGUUAUCAUACGGGAGGCUGUGUUCACCAAAUGGCGUAACACAAAAGAUUGCUGACAUGGAACAAUACCCACACUUAAUUAAAACAAUAGCUAACCAACAAUGCUUUCCACAACACCAAGAAACACCUCAAGUUUCCUAGACUGUUGUAAUUGCAUAAAGAAAAUCUUUUCAAAACGUGUACAGUGUAAGUAAGUCAUUACUGGUUGAUGCACUUUUAUUUUGUGUACUGUUUAAAAAAUGAGCAGGAGGGUAUUAUCAGGUUUAAAAAACUCGAGACAAAGCUGAGAGUUUUUAAACCUGAUAUUACACAACUGCAAGUUUUUUGAAUGGCUUCAAAAUCUCUGAUAAUUAUAGAUCAACUCAUUCUUGCAUUAAUAUUUAGAUUUGGGGUUAUUUUGGUGUAAAAAAUUGGACGUUAAGUUUAGCUGUAAUCAUAGAGUAAUUUUGUUUUUUCUUUAUGAAUUAUUAAUGAGUUUUUGAAUGAAAUUCUGCCCUGUAGAAAUGCAGCCAGUCUAUGCAGCAGUAAAGAAGAAACCAAAACAUGAGCAGAACAGUUCUGUGGAAUCCCUUGAACAGCUUCGAAUACGUGCAACAUCUGGUGAUGAUGACAACAGUGAUGAUGAGCUCCCUCCACCUCUGCCCUCACGGCUUCCCAAUCUUGAGGAUACUAUGAAAAGAACUGAACCUUCAGAGAAUGUCUCUCAGCUUGAUAAAGCAAAACAGCAACCUGAGGAGAAGUCCAAGAAGGGUGUUGGCUUGAAAAUAUUUAAAAAGAAGCAUCGACGCCAGCUAUCUGAUGGAAAUGUGGUUGACAAAUUGAAUAAAGACAGUGAGAAGUGUGGUCUUUCUCCCAGUGCUGGGAAGAAAUUCAACCAUCGCCGCUCAAAAUCACAGGCAGAUAUAAUGAGAAUAGAGGGCAGUGUCGAUUCCAGAAUAACGUUUUCAGAAGUUGACAUUCCUUUGAACAAAGAGCAGAAAUCGUCUGAUGAAAAACCACCCAUCAAGCCUUAUAUGGAAGUUGACAUAACAGAACCUCCCCUCACCCCUACAUUUUUGAAAAAGAAGCACUCUUUGGGAGGGGAGAGUGAUGAUCAAAAUGGACCUUGUGAAUUACCUGAGGGGUGGAGGGAGGUUAAGGGUGACGAUGGAACUUAUUACUGGCACGUAGCAUCAGGAACAACUCAGUGGACCCUUCCUCAAGUGGCAACAAGACCAAAGGUACAAAUUAUGAUGUAUGAUUCUCUAGGAGCUUGGAUUUUCAAUGAGUUUUAUAGUCACUUAGUGGCUGCCAAUUUGUCAUGUAUUUUUCUGCUUUUCGGCACUUUGGUCAUCCCUCCAAAUUUUGUAUAACCAUUAUUUCUAGUAAUAUUUUUGUCAGUUUUUACAUUUUCCCAUGAGAAACUGGAAACAAAACAAUGCUCUUGCAUUAAAGGCAAUAAGAAAGUGGCAAAUAAUGGAAUAGGUGGGGCUGAGUAAAGGUGCACUAUUUUAUUUGGGAAACAAAUAUCUAGCAGCUUGAAAAAUGCAGUUAUCAACAACCUUGGCAAAAAAAACAGUGAUGAUUAUUGGUCACAAAAAACGGAGUUUGUAGGUCUUGAUAGACGUUGGAGCCAUUAAUGUUUUUUCUUUUUCCCACAAUGUGAUACAUCUUGUGAACAAGUACUACAUGUAGAUGGUUGUACAUAGGAGGUCCCAGUGAGGGCUGUGUGGCAUCAGAGUUCAUGAAAAAUUCAGCAAGAAAGGAAACCUGAGCCAUGCUUAUUAAUCUUGUAUAAAAAUAAGUGUCCACACCACUUUUUAAUUAUCUUGCAGUUUUUAGAGGCAUUAAUUUUGAUAGGUAAUUACAAAUUAGUGAUGCCAUUCAUUUGAAACUGGUUUCCUGGUUAGAACAAAAUACUUAACAGUUAAGGAUAAAAGAAGCCCCUAAAAAUACAGGAGGAGCCAGAAAGCAUCUAAAACAUAAUCUAGCUUGUGAACUGUUUUGCAAGGAAUUCAGUGAGUGGGCAAGAGAGAGUGUGAAGGGCAUCCCCAACCCCUGGUGCUAGUAGUCAAUAAAUUCACCAUGCUGUUAAGAAGAAAUUAUUUCCAUAUGCCUGCUCAACCGUAUCUAAAGACAAAUUAGAUGGUCUAUGAACAUGUUAAAAUCUUGCUCUCCUCUGUCUGUUCAAAGUUCAGGAAAGCCAAGUUAACUUAUGCAAAGUUUUGUCCAGUUUUGGUUUAAAAUAUCGUAGAGUGAACGUUUAUUGCCCUUAUGAAUCCUUUUUGUCAUAGACUAAGUUGUAGCAGAUGAUUUGUCAACCAAACUUUUAAAUCUAUGAAUGGAAUUCUUUGGUGUUACCAUUCAAAUGAAACCCUUUGGCAGAACGUUUGAAUGAGACUAUUGUUAUUAAGUAUUUUACAAAAAGAAAUUUCAAUCUUUUGUGAUUUUUUUUUCUUUGGCCACUAUUAAGAGUGAAAAUGUUAACCUUGUCUGAGAUCUCAUGAUCCUCUUUCUUGAUUAUGCAUUAUCAUCAGGAGAAAUUGACAGUGAUCACAGAUUGUUUGCAUAUCAAUAAGGGUAUGCAGGAGUUGCUUGAAGAACGAAACAAAACUGAAACAACUGCAGGAUCACAAUAAUGUGAUUAUAUCUCCUUUUAAUAAUUUCUUAAAAUCCAUAUUCUGUGGAGUAGUAAAGCGUACAAUGUGAGGUUGUUUUGUUCCUUUUAGUUGCAGAAGAAAACAAGCGAAGAAUCUAAAUCUCCAGAGAGUCCAGAAAGGCAAAAGGUAUACAUGCAGUUUGCACUUACUAGAUGUUAUUAAUUUUUCCUUGUGCUUAUUAGACUGCAAAACAGUCCGCAUUUCUGCAAAGUCAAGUAUGCGCAAAUAGUCAAACGAAAGUUCUGGAGCGAGGCUGAAAAUGGAGAGUGUCACUGACGCAGUCAGCACUUUGUACCUUGAAAAACCAACUUUGACUAGAAAACCGACUGUUUUGCAAUCUGUUUGCUCAUACAUGUAUGUAUAACUUCACAAUGCACUGUGCGUGCUUUAUGUUUGUUUUAAUACAUCUGUAAAUGCUCUUCUGUGAUGAAUAAAAAGAUAAGCCUUGACAUUUCAGGAUGCCUUUUUUUCUAGGUCCUCAGCUUUCCCGUUCAUUCUAUGGGUUGGAUUGAGCUUGAGGAGAAUCAGGUGGCACCACAUAACAUGAGUGAAACCAUUGCCGACUGUAUCUCAACACUGGCUCAAAAACGCAAAGAUCUUUGGAAUACUGCAGAGACUUGGGGCGAGGUAUGCAAUUAUUAAAUAGGGGGUCUUUAGAUUGAGGACGCGACUGCUUUUUUAACACUGUGGCAGAGCAAAAGCCUGGAACAAGAAUGGUGCUGUAACUGCCAGAAACAUAAGCUUUGGUCUUGAGUCGCGAGGUCUGUCCGACACAGUUCAAUAUUUUGUAUUUUGACCAAAAUAAAAGGUGGGAUCGCUUAAAAAAGUCCAGAAUAUGGUGUUAUUGUACCUGGAAGAACAAAUUAUUGAGGUUGAGGAAUUUCGUUUGUUGUACGAAGAAUAUACCACAAGUUCAUGGUAUCAUAUUAUUUUUGAACUGCAGAUAAAGAUAUGAAAGUGAACGUGGUCUUCUUCAACCUAAGUGGUUGAAAAAGAACCUGAAAAAAUUCAGGAGUCAGGAAUCGAACCCUGACCUUUGUGGUGAGCGGACGCAGUGCUCUAUCCAUUGAUCUAAUCAAGCCAACUAGAGGGUAAACAAGGGUUCGAUUUCAGGUCAAGCCUGAAUUUUUCAGGUUCUUUUUCAACCACUUAGGCUGUUCAUUCUACUGCGAAGAGCAUGUUCACUUUCAUAUUCUUUAGCUGUUAACUCCAAGGGUGUUAUAUUUGGCAUGCCCUCUACUGUCUCUAGUAACGUAGCUGUUUUUUCUUGCUUGUAUAGGGAAAGGAUAUAAGGUUGCUGUUGGAAGGGGAAGCUCUAAAACUUGUUGAACCAAGAACCAAGGUCCCUCUGCUAGUCCAACCAGUCUCUAAAAUGAGGGUGUGGGGUGUUGGCAAGGAAGAUCAAAGGUCAGUUAAUCAAAUACUUUGUAUGUUGUGGUUCAAUUUUAUCCGUGGUUUGUUUUCCUCUGUUUCCUGGGUACUAAUGCAUUGCUAUACCCAAAAGUAAAGGAAAAUUAAAUCGAAGAUGAAGUUGAACUACAACAUUAAUGUUAGACUCGACAGCCAAAAAUUGUCACAUGAAAAGCAUCAACCUUAAAAGAUGAGACCUGAUGGAUUUGUGGGUUUAGGUUUUUUUAGCAUUGUGAAUUCAAAAUCUCUUUGCAAUAGCUUUUACUUUCAUGAGGCACUCAAGCGAAUAAAUUCCAAAAGGUUCAAAAAGCUUACAGUUUUCAUAUCAUUUUAUGUCCUCUGACUGCAUGCACAAAGCUCUUCUGGUCACAGCAUCUCCUCUUCGAACCUUUUGACAACAGCUUGACUUGAUUAGGAGAUGUUGCUCGAAAUAUUCCUAGAAUAUAAAAAUGACAAUUUGGAAAAAGCGAUUAUCUUCAGGAUCACACAAUUGAAUUAAGUCCGUUGCGCACUUGUUUCUUCAGUAACGAUAUUUCCUGAAGCGCAAAGCAUUUCUCAACAAGUUACCAUUUUCCCGCGGUCUUACAGGAUGUAAAAUGGUGAUCAGGACUAUUUAGAACGAAAGAUUCGAGUGACUUAUUGUGCUUAUUUCAGGGACUUCGCAUAUGUUGCCCGAGAUCCUUCAACUGGUAAACACAAGUGCCACAUGUUUCGUUGCCAUGGUAACAUAUCAGGUCGAGCGAUAACCAACGCAUUGCACGAUAUGUGCAGUAAAAUACUAGAAGAAAAGAAGAAGGCUCAAGAAAGCAACCGGAAGACAUCCUUACAAAAGCCAUGGUCUGAUAUAAUCAACACACCACCUCCAUCAUCAGCAAGAGGUAUAAAAAAGUAAUUAAAAAGAGAAAGAAAGAAAGUCAAGUUUCAAAAAUCCUAAAGAAAUUAUCAGGGGGAGCUCGCGCGAGCGGAGCCUCACACGUAAGGGGCUGUUUACAUGACACCGGGGCGACGUUCGCGCCGGAGUGAGUUCACUCCUGUUCCCUCUCAUGGCUCUACAUUUGUUUAAAUGAUACCACCACAAAAUGUCGUGCCGGCACGAGUCGUCCCGUCGUGAGUUCACCCCGGUUGUUGUACCGGGGCGAGAAUUUCACUCCGUUACGAAAUCUCACAACGGUAUCAUGUAAACGCGAAACGACUGCACGUUUCGGUGUGAAAUCGGUCUGUAGACUGGAACGGGCAGCGCAUGCGUAAUGUUUGUGAUCUUGAAUCUUACGUGUAUUUUAUCAACAUGAAGUGUACCUUCAAAUAACGAGAUAUGAAUUGACCCAGUCAUCCCGGUAUGAAACUCGCGCCGGUGCGAGUUUUCUCAUGUAAACACUCCCUAAGAAAUUUUGUUAAUCUACCCAUCCGAGAGAUUUUGAUAAAUACGUGACCGUCCAUCCGUCCACACAUAGGGCAAUCAAUGUGAAAUGUCAAACUUUCCCGGUAGUGUGGGAGCAUGCAACCUGUGCUUAACUUGAUAACAGACAUCCAUAUUAUGGUCAAUUGACAGCUGUCAAAACAGGGUAUCCGCUGAUCAGUAUCACAUGACCGUGUCACGGGCUCAGGUUCCAACUCACCCAGGUCACGUGUUUUUUUAAGUUUUCCGCUAACCAGUUGUUAGCUUUUAAUUUUUCGCGGGUUCAAGUUUAUUUUUUUCAGUCAGUCUUUGCAAUGGUUUAAAAUCCAUUGUCUGAAGUGACUGCGCGUUCUCUGAAAUUUCUUGGCGAUUAUCCAAAGAAGCUCACUUUGGCAAAUGUUUGCUAACUCUAUUUUUUGGCGUUCUCGUUGCUGUCGCCAUCGUGAAAUCUUAAACUCCCGACAUCCCAAUAAUGCAGUGUUGACUAAAACCUGUUAAUUCACUUUUUCUGUGUUUCAGAUAAUGCCAGUUUCAAUGAAAAACCUCACGUUGAACCAAAAAAGAGCUUUUCUGCAAAAUAUGUCGGAAGUAUUGAUGUUUCAAAACCAACAGGUUUGAAGUUACUUUAGUACUUUUAAGAAGCUAUUAAUAAUGCAGGAAAAUUAAAUGGUAGUACGCAAGGUAAUUGAUGGUGGGUCUUAUUUGAAAAUCACAGUUUUUGAAAUACACUGACGUAAACAGAAAAACAUUCAAUUUAAAUAGGCAUGACUUCAAAUAGCGACCCCUUUUAUUUGUUAAAUGCCCCUAAUUUUUAACGGUGGGGCUUGUGAUUCCUCACUUUAUUUCUAAAUGGAAACUGCCGAAAGAAUAUCCUCCCGAUAACAACAACAGCAUCAAAAACGACAACAACUUAAAUCAACACCUUUCAAUAUCGGUUACAAAGGUUGUGACCUGUGGGUGCCGUAGGUGCUAGUGACGCAAGUUGAGGCGGGCACAAGACUGUCGAAAAUGAGUUUUAUUUGCUUGAUUUUCAUAUCAAUGCCUUUGCACUUAGCCUCGCUUUGAAACAGAGGCUUAGGGCACCUCGGAAAUGGCUCAUUACAUUAACAAGCAUGAAACGGAAAUGAAUUAUUAGCCAUAGAAGUAAUCUAUGGGCAUUUAUAGGCAUUCUUGAGACUCACAGAAAACAUAAAAGUAAAAUGGUAUAUUAAAUUUUCUUUAUUUUAGGUGUGGACAUUUUGAACAAAGCAAUCAACAAAUUAACUAGCAGAGGAGGUGUAUGGCGAACAAUUCUGAUUGAGAUCAGUGUUUCAAACAUUAGAAUCACGGACUGUACGGUAUGAUAUACUUACAUCCUUCAACUGUAUGUUAUAAGCGUUAGGUGAAACUAUAUACCACCACAGUCUUUUAUUUUUUGACGUCCUUUUCUUCCUUUGUCAGCUUUGUCAAGAAAAGAUUUAUUCUGAGUUCUCUGUUCUUUGUCUAGUAUUUAGUUAAGUUUACGAAAUUUACCAUCUGACACCACUGUGUAACUGGUUUGCCAUUAAUUUAGGACGCCCUGCUCAUCCCACUUUUUUGAUAGUCACUCUUUUGUUUUUCAUUGUUCUGUUUUAGACGCAGGAGUUGAUUUCAGAGGAUCGAGUCAGAUUUAUGUCAUUCUUUGGCGUUGGAAAAGAUGAAAGGUACUCAAAGCCAUUCUUUGAUAAUACAGGAAAACCGUACCUUGAACAGUACAACAAAUAUUAUUCAACUCUUGCAACAUUUCGUAUAGCGGCGGGAGAGAAGUACAGAAAUCCUGGGUUAUACAGUUAAGAAUAGUCCAUUUCCGAGUUGCUCCAAGCCUUUGUUUAAAAGCGAGGCAAAGUGCAAAACCAUUGAUAUGAAAAUCAUUUUUUAUUCUCAUACAAAUAAAACUCAUUUUCACAAGAAAGGUUUUGUACUUAGCCCCGUUUUGAUAAGUGAGGGUUUUUGGAACUCGGAAAUGGCCAAUAUAUUAUGAAGGUUAGAGGUUUAUUCACUUGGCCGUUGUCCCUUUCGACUCUAUUAGCGUUUUGUGGGAGCUGUCUUUUCCACUAAAUAACAUUCCACCCUUACCUUUUGCUUGAAUGUUUUGAAACAAGGCAGAAGAGCUAUCACAUAAGAGUAAACUAGCCUGUUCCAGGCGUUCGGCUGGAGGAGUGCGGCGCGGAGGAAGAGAGCUAGGAAAAAAAUAAGGAGGAAAAGAGGGAGAGGGAGAGAGGAGGGAACCUCACCCCUACCCCACCCCCCUCGUUUUUUUUUUCCUGCCCACUUCUCUUUGCGGUGGGACGUGCCUAGAGUAAACUGACCACUGUGUGUCUUGUUAACUUGGCACAUCUUUAUUUUAUUUUUUUGUAAUUUAAUAGUUUUUAUUAUUUUUUUUUUCGCUUAAAUAGUGGAUACAAAACAAAGCCACUGCAAAAAGUUAACAAAUUACUUUAAAAAGACUACAAAAACAUAUCCAAACAAAUUUCGUUGUACGCUAUUUAGACUACAACCACAAAAGAAAAAUACAAAUUAACAUAGAAACAUUCACAUUGCCAUCAACAAGAGAAAAGGAGAAAAAAAAUACAUAUGACUUGGCACCACUUUAUCACGUUAAGUCACGUUUUUUUCCCUUUUUAUUUAGACUCUGCGGUUACAUAGUAAGCACAGCUCCUGAGGUAUUUGUUUGCCAUGUUUUCCAUUGUUCUCCGAACGCGGCAUCGCUUACGAAAGCGUUAGCUGAAGCCUGCGAGGUAAGAGUGGUCACCGUUUGAUUCAAAAUAUUUCUUCCUUUCUGAUCCUCUGAAAUUGUCCGGUAAAUGUGUCUUAACAAGUCUGCGCUAGCCAAAGAUAUAUAACGAACACUAGCUUCUUGUGUGCUCUCCAAACUUUCCAAGUGCAUCCGUUUCUCGAUAAACGCAUAGCUAAGAGCUGAACCGUCUUUUAUCGCAUAGCUAACAAAAACGCUUGGUUUUUGAUUGACUGCAAACUUCUCGUAGCUCGCGGCACAGUACAAACAUGCAACAAUCGUCUAGUUUGAAAGAAAGGUCUUCCCUUCAAACUGACAGUGAAAAUUUGCUUAUUUGUUCUUUAAAGAUCAAUGUAAACUAAGCAGAAACAAAGGUAAAUUACCCUUUAACCCUCGGACCCUUUUCUGGAAGCUUCUUUACUGGCUUUUGUCCACCGUUGAACCUGUUUUGACAUUAAUUUCUUAAUCAUAAUAUUGUUUGUUGUUUGAACUAAAAUGAGUUUUCAUUUUUCAUUUUUCAGCUACGUUUCCAGAAAUGCAUCGAUGCUCAUCCAGAAAUUGUACAAAAAGUAACAGCUACAGAGCAAGAAAAGGCGAAAGAAAAAAUUGAUAAAGAGAAGGAAAAGGUAAGUUGAAGCAAGCGUACAGUACACUUAAAAAUAUUUUUGAAAAAUUAUGAGAUCAGUAAUGAUUUUCAACAGGGGACACCUAUCGAACUAGUAAUUGAAACGUAGUCUAGCCAGUGUUCAACAAAACCGCGUUCUAAGCGGUUUACACUUUGCCGAACGCUCUUACGUAAACACCAUUUAUCGUGAACAGUUUCACGAAAGCAUCAUAAUAUGGCGUGGACUAGGAAAGCAUUUGUCUUCUUAAAAUAACUCACUAAGGAAGAUAUUCAAAGACCGUGGUCUAAGUUAGACCUCGUUUGAAUAAGGGACCCCUCGAGUUCAUGGGUAUGUGUAAUCAAAUGGCGACGAUUGAAAUAAGGGAAUAAUUUCACGCGCGUUUUGUCCAAAUUGUAAACAUUUUCCAAGCCUUUUUACCUAUCAAUUUCUUGGGUAACAAAUUACGCUCACAAUCUUGGCUUCGUGACUUGUUUAUCGUAUCGAGAACUCCACGCACCGUAAACGGUUAGAGCAUAAAUUUUGGCUUAAAUUGACAAUUUUUCUGACAUUUUCGACAAAACACCUGAUGUGCACUUUCGUGUGUUUAGGUAUUUAAAAGCGUCGUUUAAUGCCCUAAUGUCAUCAUUCGUAACAUUUAAAACCUUGACGCCACCUUGGCACUGAGACAUACGGAACGUUGCCAUAGCAAUUUUGUAAUUUCACUCGUGAUGUUAUCAAUUUAACGCUAAAAUUUCGCGACAAAAUUAAGAAGAAAUUUGUCACCCAUGAUAUUAGAUGCAUAACAAAAGCUGCAAUUGGUGACAAAAUUAUUUGAGACACUUUGUCCUCGGUAAUUUCUUUCGCGUUUUACCGACAAUACCUUCCAUCAGUUUUGUGCCGCUACUCAACGUACAUGGAGGAAACAAGAAACAAGUGUUUAUUGGUUGAAAAAUAAUGGGGAGGGGUCCAUAAUGUUUUGCUUUCUGUACCGUACAUCAUUUGAGGACAGUGUCUCAAGAAAUGCUGUCGCCGAUGCAGUUGUCCUUUUCGUAAAGGUCGCUGUCAUUUUUAAGACACUGAUAUACAAGUAAGCAAUGACUGAAUAUAAACAUUACCAUUGACAAAAGAAAUCGGCGGGUACAGGUAAUCGAUCUCGCACAAAAAAGUGUAAAUCUUUUAGUUCUUCUCGCUAGAGCAAUAUGUAAAAGGUUUUCUAAGGUUUCAUUUCGGUAAAGAUGUACACAAGAAAAAACCCUGUGGAAAAUAAGCCAACUCGGCGAUGUUUUCUCCGAGAACCCGGUGAGGAUAUGGAUUCCACUGGGUCUGUUACAGCGGGGUGUGCCAUGCAUUUCACACAUUUCCACUGUCAGCUUUCAUUAUUUAAGAUCUUAGGGCCUGUUUACAUAGAGGUGGGGUACCCCAGGUAGGUGAGGUAACAUGUGGCGGGUCACCCCACCUAUCGUGUAAACGUUAUCAAGUUAAACAGGCGGGCGGGUUACCUCACCUACUUGGGGUCCCCCACCUACAUGUAAACAGGCCCUUAGAUUCUAACCGAAAUUGAUUUAAUUUUCGUUUACAAAUUUUAUUUAUAAAUGAGACUACCACGAAAUAGCAUCAAUCUUGAAAUCUUCCAUGCGAUUUAUUUUACUCGCUUUAUUUCUGCAUCUUCAUUGCUGCUUUGUACCACUUUUUAUUUUAUGUUAUUUUACAACAGGCUGGUUUUAUGACAAGUGUUCAAGGGUUCCUGGGAAAGCUUGGCCCAAAGAAAGGAGGAGGGAAAAAGGUCAGUCAGUGAUAAUUAAAGUUUUCUUAGAGCAGCAGGGCUAAGGGUAUAGUUUGUGAUUUGAAAUUUGGCCAUUUAGCUUGUCAGCAAGGUCUGAGGUUAGAGGGGGAGGGGGUACAAAGGGAGCCACGCCUACUCCCACCUCCCUAACAGUGAGAUUGCUCACAGGUUAAAUAACUGUGCUUUAUUUUCAUAGUCAGAUUAAAAAAAAUCUUAAGGUACCGCUCAAUGUAAGUGACUAGAUUGCGAUCUUAUGAUUUCAUGUCUGUUUCAAAUUGCAUUUUGACUCUAGGAGUGAAAAUACCAAAUGACUUUGCUCUGUUUGGAUUUCCUUUACUUCAGUUGAAAUUAUUAGGUCAUCAAUUAAGAAGAGAAGUGCUUUUCUUUCCUCUUAAAAAUAAUUAUUGUUGGAAAGUUUGGAAAGUCGAUAUACAGAAGGUAUUUCUUUAGCCAUUCAACGUUUGGAGAAAACAGAAAUGAAGUAGACAAUUCACGUGACAUUUUAAACAAAAACGAGAACAAUUUAUUCAAUUUUAUUAGAUUGCAAAUGAUGUAUUUAAAUUAGUGUUGUGGUACAUGCUCUCACAAUAUUGUAUGUAUCUGAAAAAGAAGCAACAUACUCUAGAAGCGUAAAAACGUGGAUCUUUCCAGCCUAGUUAAUUUUAAAAUUUUGUACCCGUCAAUGAAAUCCUAAGGUGCAAUUAUGUAAUGAAACACUCCAGAGGUAUUUUUGUAAACAUCCGUAUCGUGUUUUUCGGAAUUUUUGUUGCAUAACAUGUGAAAUCUUUGUUGAUGUAUGUUGUUGAGCCCUUUUUGGAGUGACAGGAUUAAAUGUUUUCCAUUUCUUUUUACACAGGAAGAGAGCAGUACUCAAGAAACCAAACCGUCAAGCAAUAUUCCAGUAAUAACUUGCAAACCUUCACAUACAUUCAUGGUCAAGUACUAUGGUGCUCUGCCUGUGGCCGUGGGAACGGGAAUAGAGACAGUAGAGGAAGCAGCUAAGGUGUGUGGACUUAUGAAUAUCAUUAUUGCUUCUUCCCACAUCGUUCACAUCGCGGGGUGGGUGGGUACAGUAAGCUCACAAAUGGACUUAGAGCGGCUGCCACUGGCGCCUUUGUAUGCUGUCGUCCGAGCUUACUGUUCACAUGUUAAUAUGUAUUGUGAAGAGGGCACGUCUGUUGUCCUGUCAUCCAUGACUCCUUCCUUCCUUCCUUUCCCUUCAAUAUUGUAGAAGAUACCUAGCCUGAGAAAACAGCCGACAUUUUUCGACGUCACCAAUGGUUUCCUUUGCUUAAUGACGUCUGACGAACGCGCGCAGAAAUUCCAUGCUAAUGACGUGUCACUACCCAGAUCUGGGUAAUGUUUCUGAUAGGUAGUAGCAAAUUUCCCUCGCGACGCGACCAAUCAGGAGGCCUACCCAUAUCGGGGUAGUGACACGUCAUCAGUAUGGAAUUUGUGCGCUCGUUUGUCAGACGUCACUUCGCGGGGAAAGCCAGUGGUGGCAUCGCUGUUUUCUCAGGCUAGCAGAUAUCUUGCUAAAAGUUGUUGUAGAAAGUAGAGAGUGGUUCUACUUUUUGCAACAAAAUCUGUAUAUGUUGCGCGAUUUACUGGCCCAAGGCAAACUUGUUUUGUAGCAAAUGACGAAACUCACGUGUACAGGGCGACUUCUGCGUAAUUUUUUCCAAUCAGAAGUCAGUAUUCACGCAACUUGCAACAGCCUGAUUUGUUGCAAGAAGGUUUGAAUGUGGGUGGUAAAACGCGCAACAUUCCUUUUCAACUCGUUUUGCAGCAAUGUUGCAACACAAGUUGCACGUUUUUGUUGCUCGUUUUACCUUAGCUUUUAAGGUAUGUUAAAAUCACUUUUGCAUCAUUUUGUUUUUGUUACUGAAGCAUUUGGCUGGAGGCACUCUACUGAUUUGUCAGCUGGAUGUCGCACUGAAUGGAGUGACGCUUUAUGAUAGUCAGAGAAGCGCUUUGUCAAAGAGAAACUUGGACGCUGAUACAAUAUCAUACUGCGGUCUUACAAGGUUCGUGUGACAGCUUUAAAAGGCUCAAUACCUAAUGCUUACGCCGACCGACAGGGGAGUGUAGUUCUUUACUUUCCACUGGAGUAUUUGAGUGUACGAUUUACGCGAGCGCUCGUGAAGCCGCCCUCGAGAUGAGUUGAGACGCGCGCGCGGUGAUUUUUUCGCGCUCAUGUGUUUCGUGCGCCCUUGUGUCUCAGAGGAAGGUGAGAAACUACUCGCAUUCUUUCCGACCAACAUUCUGAGUCAUAAUCUCGCCACCAUGAAUGUAGAAUUUGUUGAUGGGAGUUACCUAUUUUCGUUACGUUUGAUUAGGACUUCCAAACAUGUCUUGUAUGAAAAUCGUGGCUUCUGCUGCCUUUUGGCUUUAUUUGUUUAGGUUGCUUUUUUCUUAAAAACAAAGUUCCUUUCUGUCUUCCUUUCAGUUUGCAACGUCUGAUAUUUUUGGUAUUUUUCUUUCUUUACCUCACAGUAACAGAAGCCAUUUUGGACUGAUACAGAGUAUGGGAGGCGGAAAAUACAUAUGUCACGUGUUUGCAGAGUACAAGGUCAGUGCUUGGAGUCAUACAAUUUGAUGUAACUUUUAAUUUUUUAGCUUUCAUCGUGGCUCACACUUAAAUACAAUUGCAGUGCUUCAGUUGCCUAGCCCAGGCUUCGUAUAUGAUUAUCUAAUUAUCCCUUAAUUGGGGUUUCCACUGUGAAAGUUUAAAAUACAGUUUACAGUGUAUUACAGUAUGUGUAUUGCCAUUUGGAGCGGUGUACCUCAGAUCAGCACUUAGGGUGUAAAAGUAACUGAGGAGAACGUGCUGCCUUUGCUCUGACAUGUGCAAAUAGUUCGACUUUCUCGUCUUCUCGGAUAGCGACGAAACACCAUAGACCCUGCCUCACAGUACUUUUACUCUUGGGCUAAUCUGACUCCGCCACGUAAGAAAAAUAACUACAAACGAAACAACUGAUCCCUUGCCUUGACUCCCUCCCCCUCCCCCACCUGGAAAGUGUCUUCGUCAAAUUCACUUUAGGAGGCAUUUAUCUCAUAACCUAUUAUUUGCAAAUUGUAAACUAAGCCACAAGCAGUGUUUUUUAUUUCCUUUUUCUUUUUUUUUCUUUCUGUUUGUUUUUUUUUAAUGUCCCCAAGGGAGUAGAUAAUGGCACAUUUACAUUAAGCAGGUACUCGUUUUAGGUUCUCGCUGCCUUAAGAAAAGAAAAAACAGCAAUAGCCUAGAAGAGUCAUUUUUAGCUGAAACCCCCACUUUGUUAUACGAAAGUGUAAAUUUCGACUUUGCCAAAAGGAAGAAUGAAAAAUAUACACCAUCUGAUAACUUCAAGAAGUUAAACUGUUGUAUACAAAAGAAAUCUGCGAUGUGACUCUAAAAUUAUUUUAAUACAAAUAUUUUAACAUUGCAGACAAAAGCUGGUCCUAUUGUUGCUGCCAUUCAUGAGACUCUGUGA